CCAAGAAUCCCACCGUGAUCAUCACCCACCCCACCCCUCUUGUCUCCAUGCCUGAAGGACCCCACCCCCAAGCACACACCCCAGCACCCCACCCACAACACCAUGCUGCCCAAGUAGAAACAGGAAACCCCACAUGUUAGAAAUGAUUCCAAACUGAGACGAGCGGCCCUCAAGCACGUCAAACGACGUCUCACAAUAGACCUUGAUAAAGAACCAUCGGAGACAACCGAUCAAGACUCGAGGCCUACAGGCGAUAAUCCCAAGAACGCAAGCAAGAAAAUGCCUAGAUGUCACUCUCUCUCAGAACUAGACCAAAGAAAAGGCAACAGUUUUCCAGAUAAUGGACUUAUAGUCCCAUACCUAGAAACAAACAAUGAAUUACUUGGAAAAGAAAGAGAGCAGUUUGAUGUAUCAUUGGAUGAAGCCAAAAGAAGAACAAGCGUAGUGAGCGUAUCAAGGGAACACAAUUACAGCUCUCACUGUGUGAAAAUGAAAUUUGGAGGAAAGUUCGGAAGCCUGAAGAAAAAUCCAGAGGAUGCUAAGUCAGACAAUCCUAGCAGUGUGAAAACUUCAAGAGAUGAGGUGAAGAGCAUUGAUAGCAAGGAUACAGAUAGGUCUUCAAGUUCUGGAGAGAAGUGCAAAGGAACUUUGAAGGAAGCUCAAGGAAUGAAAUCUCAUUUUGAGAGAACAGAGCAGAGGCUCUCGGAUAUGGGUGGGAAAGAAAAUUGGGAGGAUUGUUGGCUUUCUGCUAGCUUUCCUCCCCCAUCGCUGUCGGGUUUCUCUACCUUCCUUCAAGGGCGUACCAGCCGAGGCACUCCUCGCCCAGGUUCCAGUCGACCCAGCUCCGUCGUAAGCAUUGGUGAGCUUGAUCGAUGGCUGUUUCCAGGUGACAACGCCUCCCCGACGGUCACAAGCGGUCAAGUUGUUAAGACGGUCAGCACACCAUGGGUGUUAUCACCGACAGUCACCUCAACUCACUCAUCCCCUCCAAAGCUGACUACCCUAGCCAGCCCAGGUGGCCAUGGUGUUGCUCUGGCAUCCCCUAGGCCAGUACUGCCACAGACCAAUCACCACAUGUAUCUGUCGCCACAUCGCUCCAUCGUUGAUGCCCGUGCAGGAAUGUCCCCUGAACCUCUGUUCACGAGCACACCAAAGCCUUCCACUGCUUCAAUCAAGUACUUCAAUUCAGAUUUUAUUAGUAGCCAGAGGGGUAUGGAAUCCGUUAGUUACUCUGGAGACGAUACCACAAUCCCCGGUCCUCAAGACUGCCAUGAAGAUCUUGGCAGGUUGAAGCCUUUGGAAGGGAUUCCUUUAGAGCAACAGAGUGCACCUGCAACGAUGUCACAAAGUACUUUUCAAAAGCUACCUGAGACUGAACAUGUUUGUCCCAAAGUAAGGUCAGGAGGAAAAUGCACUCAUCCGCCAGCUUUUGGAGAUGAACCUUCGCCUACGAUUAUGUCUACGUCUAGUUCACAGUCUUCAACUCUGCCGCCAUAUCUGAUGCGUUCAAAAGCAGCAGCAGCAUCAUCCAAGUUGCUUUGUAAGCCAAUGGUACAUCCUGCAGAUAUCUGUAGUCCUGGUCAAGGGUUGGUAAAUAUGGAACAGGUAGGCCCUACAUCAGUGCAAAGACUAUCUGAUCUGCAGAGUGGUGAUUCAACCAACGACAGUUCUACGAAUCCUUCUGCAUCUCUUACUCACCAUGUGCCCUUACACCAACUGCAGACAAUUCCUUCUUCAGGAGAAGGGAUUCAGGCUUGUCUUGCACCGUCAAAACCAAACUCUUCUUUUCAGGGCCUACCUCAGUCUCCGCACGGUAUCCCUGUUGUCGGCUCAGGACUUAGUACAGGGCCGUCCAAGAGCCUACCUCGGUCUCUGCAAAGUAUCCCUGCUGUCAGCUCAGGACUCGGUACAGGGCCGUCCAAGCUCUGGAAGUCACCUUUAGUACAACAGAUCCAGCAAAGGAUGCAGCAAAGACUUCCCCCGUCAGGGAUUGCAUACACACUCAACGGCACGACAUAUACGAUACACGUCAGGCCCCGUACCGGAAACCCCACUCCAUCAGGGACUUCCAGUGCAGGCUACAUACCACCCUUGAACAUCAAUCCUACAACCCCAGUGGGCUCCUGGAAUAGGUGUCACCAAGAGGCAGUUUGUCGUAUGAGAAGUCCUCUAGGUGGGCCGCAUCCUCUGCAGGUGGCUCAUGGACCUGCUCCAGGAUGUACUCCAAGGUUCGCCACCCAGAACAAUCCCAAUCCUGACACCAAGGCGGCAAGUCUUGGCAGUGUUUCCUCGAGCGGUCGUGUGAAUGGUGUCAUUGCCCGAGAGGCUUGUGGUAGUUCCAAUGCUGAGGUCCCGAGCACAGUUCCUCAGCACCGCCCUUGGAUCUUUCCAUGUCCCGUUGUGCAAGGAUUAUCAGUCAGUGGUGACACUCUCCCUCCUAGGCAGACGAAUUGCAAUGAUUUCAUCACAUCAGGCUAGCAGUGUGGAUAAAAUGUGAUGCGCAUUAGAAGACAUACUUUGUCAAAGAAAAUGAUCUUUGUUCCCAUCCUUGUACAUGUAUAUCGAGGGGCGAGUGACACAAAGACGUUUUGGCCAUUUUU